UUUUCUUCGCAGUGUAGGUGUAAGAUUUGCUAGACAGUAUGCAUUAACGCUGUCUGUUUGUGCCUCAGCUUUAUUGAGUGAAAAAAGAGUAAAUGGAUGAAAAUUUCCUGAAAAGAAUGAUUUCGUUCGAGAAAAUGAUGGCACAGUCAUCGACUCAGUUUUGAUGCACAAAGCGACUCCAGAAUAUCUCCAGGAACUCCUCAAAGACAAGAGACAGCUACAGAAUUUUCCGAACAUUUUUCUACAUUUAGAAUUUAUUUUGGAGAAGGAAAUAACACGUGUUAGGCAAAAGCUUUUCCAUUUAAACGAGUCGGUAAAGAAGACCGAAAAUGAACUCCCACUUCCCUCUGGCAAUAUUGUGUCAUUACAGGAGAAAGUCUUUGUUCCGGUAAAAGAAAAUCCUAACUAUAACUUUGUUGGACGUCUUCUGGGUCCGAGAGGUUUGACUGCGAAGCAACUUGAGCAGGAUUUGGAGUGCAAAAUCAUGGUGAGAGGGAAAGGUUCACUGAGGGAUAAACGCAAGGAGGAUUUGAACAGGGGCAAACCGAACUGGGAACAUCUGGACGAGGAGCUUCAUGUCCUAGUAAGUGUGGAGGACUUUGAAAGUCGUGCAGCAAUAAAGCUCAGGAGAGCAUCCGAAACAAUUCGUGCAUUUCUCGAGCAAGGAGUACGAACGCCAGAAAAUGAGGACAGAUUGAAACAAUUACAGCUAAUGGAAUUGGCUGUUUUAAACGGUAUGGCAUGGUUGAUUGUGCUAUAUCUGUAAACGUUUGAGUGUUAUAGUGUGUAUGUCUACGUGCUGAUUCAUAUCUAGUAAUUUGAUUAACCGGUUGUUAUCAUAAAUCGUAACAAUCGUAGUAAUAAUGUUAUUGUGUUGUUAUUCUAACACUAACCAACUAAUAAAUUAGAUGACAUAUAUUUUGUACAUAUCCAAUUUAACUCAUACUGAUCAUGUUGUGCAUUCUUUCUUAUAAAACAAAGAAAGUAUAUUUUGGUGCCUCACUCAUUUAUACUGUAACUGCUUACACAUUAUGUCUGAAGAAGAACUGGA